UUUUAAAAAAAAAAAAAAACAGUUUUUAUUCACUCAUAUUAAACUUAUAUUUGGUUGUGUGUUACUGGUGUUAUGUAUUAAUGUGUGAUCCAUACAAAGUGUCAAAAUGCCUCUGAAAAGUUAUAUUUCAUAUUCAACUGAAUCAAAUUUUCCAUUAGAAAAUCUGCCGUACGGUGUAUUUUCUACUAAAAAUGAUCCAAUUCAUCGAAUAGGAGUUGCAAUUGGUGAAAAAGUUCUGGAUUUGAAAAACUCCAAAAAUAUUUUUGAUCAACCACUGUAUGAAAUAUUUCAACAAUCAUCACUUCAUAGUUUGAUGGCAUCAAGUAAGGAUACUUGGUCGCUAGCUCGUAAGUUGAUUCAGUCAUAUUUAAGUAUUGAGAAUGUUGAGAAUUUGGAAAAAGCUGUUUUCUGGGAUCAAAAUGAAGUCAUCAUGCAUUUACCUGUUACAAUAGGUGAUUUUACUGAUUUUUUUUCAUCAUAUUACCAUGCUUUACGCUGUGGUAUGCUCUUAAAUCCCCUAAAACCUCUAGGAGAGAAUUGGAAAAAUAUGCCAGUUUGUUAUCAUAGUCGGUCGUCCACAAUUAAUGUAUCAGGUAAGCCAGUUGUACGACCUAAUGGCCAGUAUUUAGUAGAUAAAAAAGUUACUUUUGGGCCUACAAAAAUGUUGGACUAUGAAUUAGAAGUGGCAUUUUUUGUUGGUGGUACAUUAAAUUCUCCGGCUGAACCCAUACCAGUGAGUAAAGCAUCAGAAUAUAUAUUUGGUAUGGUUCUAUUGAACGACUGGAGUGCCAGAGAUAUACAAAUGUGGGAGUCCCAUUUCCUUGGACCAUUUCUUUCAAAAAAUUUUGCCACGACUAUAUCUCCAUGGAUAGUGACAAUGGAAGCUUUGGAAGAUUUCAAAACAGAUAAUUUUAAACAAGAACAUACUCCUUUGGAAUAUUUAUUGCAUGAAAAUAAAUUUAAUUUUGACAUCCACUUAAGUGCUAAUAUAUGUUAUCCGGGAUCGCAGCAAAACUAUACUAUUUGUGAAACCAAUUUUAAGUACUUAUAUUGGACUCCAUUGCAGCAAAUAGCCCAUCAUACUGUCAAUGGCUGUACAUUGAAGCCUGGUGAUUUAUUAUCAUCAGGGACAGUCAGUGGUCCUAAGGAUGAAGAAUGUGGUUGUUUAUAUGAAAAAACAAACGGUGGUAAAAACCCAAUAGAAUUGGGUGAUAGAAAGUUAACAUUUUUUGAAGAUGGUGACACAGUUAUAUUAUCUGGAUUUUGUCAAGGAGAUGGGUACAGAAUUGGUUUUGGCUGUUGUAGCAACACAAUUGUUAAUCGUGUUUAAACUUAAUUUGUAACCAUGGUUGCUGUUUAUCAUUUGAGUAAUGUAAAAUGUUGCAUUUUUUAAUUAUCUUGGUCUUUGGGUAAUAUUAUGUAAUUUAUAUCUACUGUUAACUUUAGUUCACUAGUUUAGUUACUUCUAAUAUCUUGCGAGUUGGUAUCAAAAAUAUUUAUUGUAUCAAAACAUAUUUUUAUUAGUUUGAAAAUAAAACAUUGAAAAAAAAAAUAGUAACAUUUCUGUGAUGACCUAGUAUAAAAGUUAACCAGUAUCAAAUUCAUUGUGUCUUAGUCACACACUAUACUGCAUUCAUAAUAUGUAUCUAUAUUACUGAAAACUAUUAUAAUAAAGUAUAGUUGAAAAAACAUUGUCUCAUAUCAAAACUGUAAUAAUUCAACUUGUCUACAAACAUGCACGAAAAAAUUGAUUUAUAUUAAAUAUGAAUUUGUCAAUUAUAAAAAAAAAAAAAAAAGCUGUUUGUUGAUAUGGAUUUAACACUAUGUACACUUUUAAAAUAUGACUUAUUUCAUAUAAAAUUUAGAAUUUUAAUUAAGGCAACUAAUGGUUUUUAUAAUUAUGU